UCAUUUCCGACCUCGGCGGGCUGGUGAGCGGCGCCGCGGGUGCCCUUGUCUCCCGAGCCGCGGCGUGGAGCGCGCAGGGCGGGCCAGGCAGACAUUCAGCAGGGAGAGCUGGGCCUCCCUCCUGCUCCUGCGGGUCCUGCCGGGGAACACAGCUGCGUCCUCAGCUGCUCUUUUGCAGUCGUAGAUGCCGAGGGCCUGACUACCUCGUUGCCUCGCCUUCUCUCCGCCAAGGGGCCGCCAUGGUUCACCUGGGGCAAUGCCUCAUGAAAAGGUACCACAAAGUACGUGUUGUCAUCCGUCUUGCUCUUGGUGGCUGUGCCAACAGGCCUUACUAUCGGAUUGUGGCUGCACACAACAAGCGACCCCGGGAUGGCAAGUACUUAGAUCAAAUUGGCUGCUAUGACCCACUUCCCAAUAACCACGGAGAAAAAAUAGUAGGCCUGAACAUAGAGCGGCUGAAAUUCUGGCUUGCCAAUGGUGUCCUCCUCACCAAGCCUGUUGAAAAGCUUCUGGGACUCGCAGGAUUCUUCCCCCUGCAUCCUAUGACCAUUACAAAUGCUGAGAGAGAGAGAAAGAAGAGAGCCCUGGAGGCCGCAAAGGCGGCUCAGGAAGAAAACCUGGCUGUGAAAGAGUAAGACAAGAGAUGCAAAGAUGACACCUGCCACCAGUUCAGAGGGCAGUACCAGGGUACAUGAGGAACAUCUGCCCUGCCAAGGAAGUGAAAAGCAGCAACUUGGACAGCCGAACACUUCCACCCCACGGCUACAGAGCCAUGGCCUAUUGGAUCCCACAUUUCAGCUUGUGCUGUAGCUCUCAGCUGUUGAAUUACCGCCUUCAAUUAAAUAAUUUUACAAGCUUAA